AUGACUUUUAGCAAAAUUAAUGUGAACAUUGAUGCUGUGCACUUGACAGGCUUUCUAGUUGUACCUGUUCUAAUUCUGCUAACUAUUGCGGGAUGUGAUGGAAGUCCACUUCCAAGUAAAUUAGAUGAUGUUGAUAAACAGCCCCUACAAACAUCUAGGCCAUAUAACAUUGCUCAUCGAGGUUCAAAUGGGGAGUUUCCUGAAGAAACUGCUGCUGCAUACAUGAGAGCUAUUGAAGAGGGGGCAGAUUUCAUAGAAACAGACAUUCUUGCCAGUAAAGAUGGAGUGCUGAUAUGCUCUCAUGAUGUAACACUUGAUCUUGAUAAUAGAACAAAUAUUGCAAACUUUAGUCAGUUUGCUGAUCGAAAAAGAACCUAUGAGGUCCAAGGUGUGAACAUGACUAGGUGGUUCGUAGGGAAGUUUCCAAUUAUCACCUUCAAAGAAUACAUAUCAAUCGCACUGGAUGCAAAAAGAGUUGUUGGAAUAUAUCCAGAGAUAAAGAAUCCUGUUUUUAUCAAUAAACAUAUAGUGAUCUUGUAUCUCCCUUAUAUUUCAUCAAAAAACUACAGGUCAAAUGGUCAGAUGGGGAAGAAGUUUGAAGAUAAGUUUGUGGAGACACUGAUGAAAUUUGCAUACAAAGGUUCAUAUAUGUCAAAAGAAUGGCUAAAGCAACCUGCCUUUGUCCAGUCCUUUGCUCCAACUUCACUCACAUAUAUUGCAAACCUCACUGACUUGCCCAAAAUUUUCUUAAUUGAUGAUGUGACGGUACUAACAGAAGAUACCAAUCAGACAUACUAUGAUAUUACUUCAGAUAGCUAUCUUGAUUUCAUGAAGAACUAUGUGGUUGGGAUUGGACCUUGGAAGGAUACAAUUAUUACUACAAAAAACAAUUAUUUGAAUGAAGUUACAGAUCUUGUUGCCAAAGCACAUGCUCGUGGCCUACAGGCGCAUAUAUUUUCUUGGUGCAUGAUGUCUAAGAUUUGUGAGCAUUCACAGUAA